GAAUGAACGCGAAAAUCAGCCCUAAAAAUCGAGGGGGGGUUGCGAGUGUGGAAGAACGAACACCUGCUUCCUUCCGCCAUAGAAUUCCUUAUCAGAGCUUGCGAAGUUUCACUGCGGAGAGAAGAGGUUGCAGAGAUGGAGGCCGGAGACGAAGGAGUGGAGCGAGUCGUCGACUCCAAGGACAUGCAGCAGCAGAGCAAGGCCUUCGAUAAGCUCACCGACCGGGUCGAGGAUCGCCAGCUCGAUUCCACCCGCGUUCAAGAGGCUAUGGCGUCGAUCGCUGCGUCUUCCGAAGCGGAUUGGAACGCUAUGAGAUUGAGGGAGAAAGAACUGGCUGCAGUGAAGAUCAAUCCAGCAGAUGUCGAUGUAAUCGCUAAUGAAUUGGAGCUGGACAAGAAGGUAGCAGAGAGGACCUUGCGAGAGCACAAGGGAGACGCCGUUGCUGCUAUUCGAUACCUUAUCCAGCAGAUAACUAUUGGGAUGAACUAGAAGGCUGGAACUGAACUCCCUUGAAUCACCCCUGUAUUCGUUAAACUGUGAAGAUAGACAAAAGAGCUUUCCGCUUCUGCUUGGUGAUGUUAUCUGUGGUGAAUUCAUUCACACAGUUGAGUUCUGGUAGCCUGUGUUCUUGUAUCAAGUUUUGACUCCCUACUUUCGAUGCAUUUUUCUGUUGAGAUGAAAUUCUUGCAUGAUUUGAUUGAUCGAUUGACGGGGUAUAAAAAAAAAAAAAAAAAAACUUGUUUUUUCUCCCCUUCCAUUGUCGUUUUAUCUUUUUGAAUCUGCACCAAGGAAUUCCUGCUAGUGCAUGAAAAAUAUCACCCCCCACUACGACAAAAAAGAACACCACUAAGACCACCAGCAUUCCCAUCCCUUAAAAAUGGCGUCCGAGAAACAUGUACAAAACACACAACAACUCAGCCCACCACCAGGAAAUGUAAGUAUGUAACCCUCUCCCUCGGCAUCUCACAUGGCUUCCAAUCAAAUACUGU